UCCUAUAUUUCUGCUUUCAUAUCUCCAUAUGUGUAAAUUUAGGUUAAUUAGAUUAGAUUAAAAGACUAAUAGAUAAGCUGGUGUAAAACCAUGUCAGUCAGUUCUCAAACAAUUGCUAUAGUGGUUUAUGUAUAUUGCUUGUUUUCCUUUUCACUGUGCAGUAUUGCUUACUCCUUAUAUUGUUUUGCAGAUUCAACAACUACAGAAAAAUGGCAUUGGAGGCUGAGCAGUUUCACUCAAGUUCUGAGGAGUCCAUUAAUUCUGCAUACUCAGAUGCUGACUACAAGCCAUCAUCCAGUAGUACUGAUGACAGUGAGGUUUGCAGUAGUGAUGAAAAUUUGGAUAAUGACCAACAGUUCAAUAGAACAAACACAAGUCCAGACAAGUGCAAAAAACAAACGAGGAAAACAAGAACCAAUGGUGAUGACGACAAAAACAAGUCUAUUAGAACAAACAGAAGAACAGACAAGUCCAGAAAACCAAAGGGAACCAAAAGUGAUAACAAAAACAAGUCUAUUAGAACAAACAGAAGAACAGACAAGUCCAGAAAACAGAGUCCAAAAAAAACCACAGCUUCGAAUAUAACUGUGAAGGUUUGCAAAAAAAAUCUAAAUGGUAAACGAAAGUGGGACAAAAACCAUUACUGCCUCUACUGUGGAAAGUCAAACAAAAAGUUAAGCAGGCAUUUGGAACGUGCCCAUAUGGAUGUCAGAGAGGUGGCUUAUGCAUUCAGCUUCCCCUUAGGAUCGAAGAAAAGAAAGGAUCUAUUAGAGGGGCUGCGGAAUAAAGGUGACUAUAAACAUAACUUAGAAGUCCUUAAGAGUGGCCAUGGGGAAAUAGUGACGUGGAAACAACCUUCUUUUGAAGCUUCUGUCGAUAAUUACCUUCCUUGCCAGUACUGCUACGCCAUGUUUGUGAAAAGUGAUCUUUGGAAACAUCAGGGAACUUGCAGAGCUAAAAAUGAUCCUGGGAAAGAUGCUGAGAAAAAGAGCAACAGUAGAGUUCAGAAAGCAUCUUCAAGCCUGCUACCCAUUUCGGAGACCUCGGAGGCAUUGGAGAAUGUCAUUCAUGGAAUGCAAAAAGAUGCUGUGUCCUUUACUGUACGGAAUGAUGCGUUGAUCUGUAAAUAUGGUAAUGUGCUGCUAAAUCGUGGGAAAAAUAAUGCAACUGGUUACAUUUCUCAGAAAAUGAGAGAACUGGGUCGACUCGUUGUGGCAGCAAAGGAAAUUGAUAAGAGUAUUAAAAAUCUUGAAGAUCUGUGCCAUGUAUCCAAGUUUCAGGUGCUGCUGAAGGCAGUUAAAAGGAUCUCUCAGUUUAGCCCAAGCAAGAAUGCAUACAGAAAGGCAUCAACUGCUGUCAAAAUUGGCUUCUCAUUAAAAGGAGUGACUGAUGUGCUUAUUGGCCAGACUCUGGAAAAUGAUGAUGACUUGGCUGAAAGGAAUGCAAAGAAGUUCAAAGAACUUUUAGAACAGAAGUGGAAAGACAGUGUUUCUUUUAAUGCACACAAAACAAUGGAAGAGAACAGGUGGAACAAAGAUGACGGUAUCCCAUUGACUAAAGAUGUCAUGAUCCUCCAAGAGCACCUUAGAAAGGUUGAAGACGAAGCAAAACGGGAGUUGCUAGAUGGCAUCAACAUGUCUGCUUAUAAGGACCUGACUGAGAGCCUUCUGUCACAGGUCAUUGUGUUCAAUAGACGAAGGGAAGGUGAGGCCUCCCGCUUGACCUUAGACAUGUACAUGAACGCAAACAGGACCCCAGUAAAUGGGGAUAUAUUUCAAACACUAACACCGCUUGAGCAAGAACUGAGCAAGACCCUUACCAGAAUAGAAAUCAGAGGAAAGAGAGGUAGAAAAGUGCCAAUUCUCCUACCAGAUAGAACAAAAGCAUCAAUUGAUUUCCUGAUAGAAAAAAGAAAAGAAGCUGGUGUACCUGAUCAGAACCCUUUUGUCUUCGCAAGACCUUCUGCAAUGUCAAACUUUCGUGGCUGUGACUGUCUGAGGAGAUUUUCAGAAGAGAGCAAGGCAGAAAACCCAGGACUCCUUAGAUCAACCAAACUAAGAAAGCAGGUUGCUACACUUUGUCAGCUGCUGAAUCUUGACCAGCAAGAGUUGGAGCAAGUUGCGAGAUUCAUGGGACAUGACAUUAGGGUGCACUGUGAUUUUUACAGACAAACAGAUAAAACACUUCAGCUGUCAAGGAUCAGCAAACUUCUCUUUGCAAUGGAGAAAGGCACGGAGACCAUCAAAGGCCAGAAUCUCAACACUCUUGACUUUUCACUUCCUGGUAGCAGUAUGGCACAAACUGACAGCCCACAGACAGACAGACCAGUAGUGAGCAUGGAACCUCAUGAGGAUGAUGAAGGUGUAUCUGGCUUCACUGCCACAAUCAAGAAGAAAAUGCGAAUGGAGCCUCAUGAUGCUGAUGAUGGUGGCACCUGCACCGGGGUUAAGAGAAAGCUGACAGAAGAUCCUGGAUUUGACUCGCCAGAGAAGGAAAGACCGCAGAGGAGAAGGAAAGAAGUGGAUGAUGAAGAUGACCGUGAAUUUAUAGAAAUGGAUGGUAAGUGUAGUUUAUACGAAUAA